AUGGAUACAAAGGUACAAGAAGCUUGGACAGCAGUUCAAUAUGAUCGCCUUGAAGUACUUAAAUCUCUUAUUACAUCAUCUAUUGUUUCACCAAAUGCUUCAACAUAUAGUUCAACAAAUCACAUUCAAACACUUCUUAUGUGCGCUGCAGCACAUGGAUCCAUUGAAUGUGCACAAUUUCUUUUAGAUAAAGGUGCUAAGGUUGAUAAUAAGAACUUUGCAGGAUAUACUGCGUUACAUUGGGCUGCUUAUACAGGAAGAACAGAAACAAUCGAUUUACUUGCAAAUAAAGGAGCCAAUCUUGAAGCAAGAACAGAAGAUGGCAAGACUCCAUUACAUAUUGCAGCACAACGCGGUCAUUUGGAAUUCAUCAAAGCGUUUUUGAAACUUAGCACUGAUGAUCGUCCAAUAGACAUAAAUUCUGUAGCUAGCAAUGGCUGGAAUGCAUUGUUUUUUGCUGUAAUGGCAAAUCAACAAGAUGUUGCUGAAUAUCUCGUUAAACAGGGUAUUGAUAAAGAUUCUCCCGAUGCAGAAAACAAGACUGUUGAUGCUUUUGCGGAAAAGUAUCAUAGAUUCUGGCUUAAAUCUCUACUUCAUCACGAAGAUUCUUCUCAACAAUAA